AUGGCACAUCAACCAGAUCUCGGCAUGUCAGAAUAUGCUGAAAAGAAUGAUUUGUUCUCUACCAUGUCGUCGUUGCUCUCCGGGCUGCUGCUAGAGCAGCCUGAUAAACCUAUAGAUUGGAUGAUCAGUGCUCUACGUAAACGUCCAGUACCCUCCGUCGUAGUCAUCGGGCCUCCUACAUCUGGGAUCUCGGCAGUGUCCUCACUGAUUGCUCGACGACUGGGCUGCCAAUAUAUAUCAGUCUCACAACUAAUCCAGCAGGCAGUCACUAAAGGCACAACAUUGGGUUUACAGGCCAAACCGUACUUGGACAAGAGCAAACCAGUACCAGAUCCAAUUGUUAUGGCCUUGUUGAAUAGCUCCUUGUCGGAUCCAGAUACUCAAGAACGAGGAUAUGUGUUAGAAGGGUUCCCGCAGAGUCGAGAACAGGGGCUCCUGCUCGCGAGACGAGGAAUAUUGCCAAACCAUUUAGUUGUAUUCGACGUGCCAGAUCACACUUUACUGUCAGCUUACAAUGCAGCACCCACUCUAAAGCUCAACCUCGCAGAAUUCCGUCGUCAUAUUCCCGGAGUCAUGGACCUCUUCCCCUCUCGUGCUCGCAAAUGGACAUUUGAAGAAGGAUUAGGACGAGUCGUAGACGAUGCUGCUCAAGCUGCUCUGACAUUCCUGACGACAACCCCAAUUUCCAAUGCACCAAGGGGCAUCAGAUUGAUGUUGUCAUCGUUACCCGGAAAUGUGACUGAAGAAGUCGCAGAACUAUGCGCUAACCGUUAUGGAUGCGUUUUAGUCUCCCCAAGAAUCGUUAUACUGGAGCAGAUCUCUGCACGUAGCACGAUUGGAGCCACAUUGCAACGCUAUACGCGUGCUCCUCAUGAGGCACCGACCGAUGUAAUAGCUCAACUCGUCGCCAAGAGGAUUCGGCAACCGGACUGUGUUGAGCAUGGUUGGAUACUCGCCAACUUCCCCACCAACUUGGCCGAAUUGGAAGCUUUGAAGAAGCAAUUCGUCUCUCCAACAAGGCUUAUUUGGCUGGACACGCCUUCUAUGACAUGUCUGGCUCGAAUGACAAUCCAAACCGGUGAUUCGAACUUGUCCCGAACUAGACUAGCGUCCGCAGUCAGGCUCAAGGAUGAAAUUGGGUCAACUUUCGGAGUCAAACGCGUGGCGAAUGACGCUGGGAUCAUGCAGACUGUUGAUGCUACUGAUGUUGGCAGUCAAGAUACGGAGAGUGAUGCUGACAGUGCAUCUUCCAUAUUACGCGUCUAUGAACGUGUUGUAGAUGCUUUGCAACGUGAUGUACCGAUGACUGGAUUGGAUGUCAAUACAGAGCACAUCAUCGAGAUUGCUGUCAUUAUAACAGAUGCAGAUCUCAACAUUGUUGCUGAAGGACCCAAUAUCAUUGUCCAUCAGCCCAAAUCUGUUAUGGAUGCUAUGGGCGAAUGGUGCACUAAACAGCAUGGAGAGUCUGGCCUCACAGCAUCAGUCCUCGCAUCUCCAACAUCCACAUCCGAAGCCGAAUCCCAAAUCAUUGCCUUUCUCGAAUCAAACCAUGUCCCGAAAGGCAAACUGCCCCUCGCUGGCAACACUGUGCAUGCAGACAAGGCAUUCUUGAAAAAGGAAAUGCCAAAAUUGGUGGAUUUCUUGCAUUAUCGCAUUGUGGAUGUUUCGACCGUCAAGGAAUUGACACGCAGGUGGUAUCCGGAUGUGUUUGGCGGUGCGCCGCAGAAGGCCUUUACGCAUAGGGCUUUAGAUGAUAUCAAGGAGUCGAUUGGUGAAUUGGCGUAUUACAAGAAACAUGCCUUUAAGGCUCUUUGA